CCACUCUUGAAAUUUGGAAACAUAUAUUACGGAAGCCUAGCAACAAAGAAAUCGGGCACUUGUUCCCAUUGCUUCCAUCACUUUACAGCUUACAAUGUCAACUCCAAUUCAAUACUCUAUUGACCCCUCGACUAACCCAGCCACUUGGCCUGGCCCUGAUCAAGUACCCGGGGACACCAAUAUCAGCAAGGUCAACGUUAUAUUCGUUAAUAUCAACCCCGCGUCGGAUUUUCAAAUGCUCCGCACAGGCACCAACAAAAGUCAUCAUGCAUUGAUACAGGUUGCCCAACAUGUGUCUCGCGGUCUCUAUCGCAUCAUCAGCUUGAACAUCACCGAAUACUCGUGCGUGGUGGUCAUGUCAACAGAGAAUAUGAGAAGCGAGUUGUUGAAGAAUGGGUUCCCGUGGGAUAUUGAGGAAAACGCCCAGCCUAAGGAUCUCUCUCCCGCUUCCAUCAUUGCUUUGCCGACAACGCCAAAUCAAAUCCUAUACUCAAUUGAUCUUUCGACCAACCCCAACCCAGCUAGAUGGCAUGGUGAAUCCGGAUUCAUUGACAUGCGCAAGGUCAGAAUGAUCUUUCAUAACACAAACACCGCUUCGGAUUUUCUAGGACACCACACAGGCACCAAUGAGCAUGUUCAUCAUGCAUUAAUACAGGUGGCUCGACACGUGGCUCGCGGUCUCUAUUAUAUAGUCAGCUUAAGCAUCACUGAAGACUCAUGCAUGGUGUUUAUGUCGACGGAGAAGCCGAGGAGCGAGUUGAUGUGGAAGAAUGGGUUCCCGUGGGAUAUUGAGGAGAACGCUUAGCCUGAGGUUGGACUGAAAUGAUUUGUACAUUGCAGUAAGGGAAGAGAAGAAUGGUUGGACACAACAAAUGGAAGAGAGGAGCCUUUUGGAUAUUCUCGUUUUGCUCGUUCGUCUGGUAAAUAUACAAGAUAGGAGUUGUCUUGUUGGUCACAGACGUGCUUUUACUUGGGCUCGCUCCAACCGUGUAAUCUUUUGCUGGAGUUCAGAUAGGUAUCUAGGCGGGUUGAGUGAGUCGUUAAUCUCAUGAAACGUAUGUAUAGUCAGGGACGAAUUAACUACCCUUUUGUCACCAUAAUCUUAUUAUCCCGUUCGUCAAAU